CAACAGGUCUGGAGCAUGCUUGAAGCGCCGUGAAGAAGGAUGUGAUUCAGAAGACGGUGCCACUCAGCUGCUGCUGAACGAGGAAACCAUAAUUAAAUGACACUCUGAUGGUGCUCAUCGUCAUCUGAGUUGUUUAGGAAUGCGAAGUGGUUCGCGUUGCGCACUGGAACGAGCAAAAGCCUUCAUUUGGACAAGCUGGUCAUAUUGUCAACAACGGGGAUGAAUCCUUCCUCGACAUGGAACAUGUCUGUGCAACCCUGUGCUCCAACCCAACUCUUCCAACUCCAUCCGCCACGGUAUAACUCACGAAAUAUUUGAAGAGCCUGUCAGGUUCCUCUCUGAUUUUGGCCUUUGUCACUGGGUUCAGUAUCGUGUGCAACAAGACAUCAUCCCCAACCAGAAUCGACACGCACCACCACACGAGCGUUUUACAGGGCAGUCCACAAGGCGGAAUGCGGAGCUCUCGUCGCAUCUCACAGUAUUCCCUCCAUGCCUUGAAAUGCAUUACCCCAAUUUCCCGGUUUCCGGCACAAUAUUCCGACACAGCCAGGAAAAGGAAAGCAACUACAUCCUCAUCGGCUGAAUCUCUUGCAUUGGCCAAAGCGGAAAUCCUCGAUCGAGUUGUUGCAAGGACGCCAUUCUGUCUCGAAGCCAAGUAUUGUUUCUCUGCAUCCGGUAACUCUGCGUCGAGCCCCGAAGCGCGAUCCCGGCGAUGGUAUGCACUAAACAACAAUACCAUGGUCUCGAAGCACCACUGACUUGCAAGGGCAAAUGGGACGAAUAAAGUCAGUACUGGGUUGUGCUCCUCCAUCAGCGCCUGAUGCUUGUCGAAGCCAAGCAUGACCCCUGCAUUGAGGGCAAAAUAUCGAAUUAGACUGCGGUCUGGGGGCAUCAGCGGAAUUGGUGUCCGCUCUACCAGGUAUUGCAGCUCCGAAAAUAUGUCAUUCGGCAGUUCUUCGUCAAAGUCAGCAGUCCAAUGAAGCUCGGACGGUUCUUGGAGGAGUGUAUUGAUCCUGAGGCCCUCUAUCAUAG